CAAAUUGAACGAAAUAAAAUAGUGAAGUCAUUCAAUUUACUAAAUCUAAAUAUUGUUAUUUUUACAAAGGAAAUUAAUAGGAAAUAAAUGUAUAUUGGGUAUAUUUUUACUGAAUAACGGAUUCCCAACAGUCCCGCCAUGGGUGACAGAAAAGAAAGGAUGAAAAAAAGCCUAGGAAUAACUGAAUAUCCUUGGAGCUCUGAUGAUGAAACUGGUGAAAACCACACUAUGGUGCGUCCCAACCCGUCGUCUUCGGCGACUACUAAUGAGUACAUGGACAUGAUAUACAGGGCGGCCGCCAUUCCGGGCCAGCCCCAGCCGGGGACGUCGGCCUCCUCGUCUGCACCGCCGCCGACUACUACGAGCAACACUGAGCCCUCCACAAGUCAAGCAUCAAGGCGCCCACAAGCCACACGGUCGGACCGCCACCUGUUCUGGUCAUUGCUGAGCCAGAGGGGGCAAGCGGAUAUGACGGCUCGUUCGCGCGCCAUAGAAGCGCUCCGCCGCGACGUGGCGCGCUGCACGGUGCCACGGGUCCCCCCGCGCGCCCCCCGCAGCGCCGCGCCCAGCGCCGAGCCCGCGCUGCGCCGCCCCAGCCCGCUGCACGAGAUCCGCGGCAUACUCGCGUUGAAGAAGGCCACGAGGAUACCGCCGUUUAAUGCGUCCAGCGUAGGCGUGGGCCAGCCGUCGCGCAACCCGCUGUUCACGGCGCGGCCCACGCCCGCCGGCGCGCACGCCCGCCUCCGCGCCCGCGAGCGUGACGCCCGAGCCGCCGCCCUCGCGCGCUCGCUCAACGCGCCCGCCGCCGCUCAUAGCCAUCGCCACAGGCUUAUAUGUCAUGCGACGACGUCAGGAGACAGCGCGCGCGACCUCACCACGCGGCAGCGCGCGCAACCGCAGCACCCGGCCGACCCCAGCCAGCCCUCCACGUCCGCUGGCAUCAGGUUCAACCCGGUGACGGCGGACGAGUCGGCGGAGGAGGCGCCGGCGCGCCGCGCCUCCAGCGAGGGCCAGCACUCGCUGUUCCUGGACGAGUUUAACUGGAUUAUGGAAGACUCUGACAUCCCAGUUCCACCGAAGCCACAAGAUUCUAGUGAACAGACUGCUGCACCAGAAGGCCAAUCGGCGAGCACUUCGACAGAGAUGUCGUUGGAAGAGGAAGUGUUGGAAGUGGAGCCGGCAGCCGAGGCCACGGAGGACCACACCGACGCCGCCGGGCAGCUCACAGCCGAGAAUGUAAGUGCAGAAGUAUCAGCAGCAGCAGAAGAAACUCCACAAGAAGAUCAGACACGCAGUAAAAAGAAGAGAGAAGAUAAAGAGAGCACAGUCGUCGAACUAAAUCAGUGGCGGCGGCACCUGGCGGCCCGCGGUUACCCCGACCGGUAGCCUGCCCCGGCCCGGCUCCCGGCUCUCCGCCACGCCCACGCCCGUCACCAACACCUCGCUGAAAGCCAACCCGCAGCCCAGCCGCCCCAUCGGCUCUGGACACAACAACGUUGCCAAGCCGUUC